CUAUGCGUCCAUUUUCUUGAUCACUCUUCCUGUGAGACAACGAGGAAUCAGGAUUGUAACCACUGUUCGUGGCGUCUUUAUUUUUGUUAGUAGGAUUGUGGAAAUAAAUCGCAAUCAUGGCUAUGCAGGCAGCUAAAAGAGCUAAUAUUCGAUUGCCGCCAGAAGUAAACAGAAUCCUCUAUAUUCGUAAUCUUCCUUACAAAAUCACAGCGGAAGAAAUGUAUGAUAUAUUUGGAAAGUAUGGACCAAUACGGCAAAUCCGAGUUGGGAACACACCAGAGACAAGAGGAACAGCAUAUGUUGUCUAUGAAGACAUCUUUGAUGCCAAGAAUGCCUGUGAUCACUUAUCUGGAUUUAAUGUUUGCAACAGAUAUCUUGUUGUCUUGUACUACAAUGCUAACAGGGCUUUCCAGAAAAUGGAUACAAAGAAAAAAGAGGAACAACUAAAACUUCUCAAGGAAAAAUACGGCAUCAACACAGAUCCACCAAAAUAAUUUGACAUAAUUGGACUUUUGCUUGCUUUGAAGUGCUGUUUUCUCAAUUCAGUUUUGUUGUUGUAUUGUAUUUGAAGGUCUUUUAUUCAUGAUUAUAAGAACGUUUAGAAAUUUUUUUUUCUGUCUUGCAUAUUUUUGGUUUGUAAACGUUGAUGGGGGAAAAUGGGAACACAUUUUUAAUAUCUUUUGUUAAGCAGUUAUAGAUAUACCACCUCCUUAUUCAGUUGGUAAUUAUCUUACUUUUUGACUGUAAAUGUAUUUUAUAUGCCCAAAUCUCAUCCUUGUUUAAUGAUAGCAGUGUUGUAGAAAUUUAGCAGUACCUUUUUGUUAACAUUUUGAAAGUUUUAUGAAUGAAACUUUUCACUUUUUAAAGAAUAUAUGAUUGCCACAUUUCCAUAACCAUUUGAGGUAAAAAAAUCUCCUUUUUUAAAAUGUUUUCUGUCAGUAGUCUUCUGUUGUAGGGACGGCCUGAAUAUUUCCUAGCAGUCCACCUCACGGAACCAGAAAUUAAAGGGUCAACGAUUGUCUCUGUCCUCAUUUGUAUCCCCACUUUGCCCACCAUUUUUUUUGAUAAAAUGUUCUUUCUACUUUUGUGGAUCCCUGACUUCAUUUCCAUAAGUGAUUUUGGUCAGGUAGAAUAUGGGGACAACAAAAAUAAGUAAAUUAAUCUGGAUUUACUUUAAAGCUAUUUCCAAGGCAUGAUGGCACUGUCCUUCUAGUGGUAUUUUCAAAAGCUUCUUGCAAGAUAACCAGUAGUGGGGAGUGGCUGUGGGCAUUUGUAAUCCAUGACCUGUUACAAGACUGAUGGCUUAAAGGUGGGCAACUCAAAGGAGUCUGUAUACACUUCUUUGUUCUUGGCAUGUGUGAUUGUGGGUUUCAUAUCUGUGACAUGUAAGAUGACAUGUAAUCAAAUGUACAAAUUGGGUAGAUAAACAAUCGGCAAUUCUUGUUUUUCACCAGU